GAAGGUCGUUGUUCCCAUGGAAGACAAUGAUGGACACUGAUAGUCGUAGCUUGCUCAUUUCUCCGCCGAUUUACAUGAGGGUUACUGCUUUGUCAACGCCAGAGCGUAUGCUAUCAAUACACGACAUUUAACAACAAAACAUAUAUUUGAAUGGGACUCACAGUUCCCUUUUCCUAAUUGUACGGCGUUUUACGCAAGUGUAUGCAACUCAAUGUGCCGGCGUCCUCGGUCUUUUCGUUUUCUUGCCGUCCACACACACGUGGAAUGCUCUGACAACUUUGACCCCCCUAGCUUAGCGUCACCGUCGGCACGGUACCCACAAUGUGCGUGUCGUAUCUAGCAAUACAAAUCUGUGCGUCAAACUGUGGUCCAUCGUCCAGACAUCGAGACAGUGAAGGAGCAUGGCGACUUCUGGCAAGGUGAUCAAGUGCAAGGCUGCAGUAGCCUGGGAGGCGGGCAAGCCUCUGAGCAUCGAGGAGGUGGAGGUGGCCCCACCCGAGGCCCAUGAAGUCCGCAUUAAGAUCUUUGCCACCGGAGUGUGCCACACCGACGCCCACACCCUGAGUGGCAGCGACCCUGAGGGUGUCUUCCCAGUGAUCCUGGGCCACGAGGGCGCCGGCACCGUGGAGAGUGUCGGCGAGGGUGUCACCAAGUUUGAGCCUGGUGAUACCGUCAUCCCGCUUUACGUGCCUCAGUGCGGCGAAUGCAAGUUCUGCAAGAAUCCCAAGACCAACCUCUGCCAGAAAAUUAGAGUGACCCAAGGUCAGGGCCUGAUGCCUGACGGGACCUCCCGCUUCACUUGCAAGGGCAAGAAAGUGUUCCACUUCAUGGGGACCAGCACCUUCUCCGAGUACACGGUGGUGGCGGACAUCUCCCUGGCCAAAAUCAACGCGAAGGCUCCCCUGGACAAGGUGUGCCUCCUCGGGUGCGGCAUCUCCACUGGAUACGGCGCUGCGCUCAACACCGCCAAGGUGGAACCCGGUUCCACGUGCGCCGUCUUCGGCCUGGGAGCCGUCGGGCUGGCCGCCGUCAUGGGCUGCAAGGUGGCCGGGGCGACGCGCAUUAUCGGCGUGGACAUCAACCCGAGCAAAUUCGACAAGGCCAAGGAGUUCGGGGCCACCGAGCUCGUCAACCCCAAGGAGCACAGCAAGCCCGUCAACGAGGUGCUGGUUGAGAUGACCGACGGCGGCGUGGACUACUCCUUCGAGUGCAUCGGCAACGUGCAGAUCAUGCGAGCCGCUCUGGAGGCGUGCCACAAAGGUUGGGGAGAGAGCAUCAUCGCUGGCGUCGCCGGAGCCGGGCAAGAAAUCUCCACCAGGCCUUUCCAGCUGGUGACGGGUCGAGUCUGGCGCGGCACUGCCUUUGGAGGCUGGAAGAGCGUGGAUAGUGUCCCUAAACUGGUGGAAGACUACAUGAGCAAAAAGCUGAAGGUGGACGAGUUUGUCACGCACACGCUGCCAUUCGACAAGAUUAAUGAGGGAUUCGACCUCAUGCACUCUGGAAAGAGCAUCCGCACAAUCCUGACCUUCUAAAGUGCCUCGACCCCUGGUCAAGUAGCUCCCGACUGUCAGACCACUUUCAACGUUCCAACAAAAGCAUUUAAUCGCAAUCUCGUUUUUGUCAUAAGAAACACGUUUGUCUGAAGAAUUUGAUGUUGGUUGUGACAGUUUUAUUUAAAAAAGCAUUGAAAAGAUGGCUCUCUCCCUUUUUCUUACAUUUACUGUAUCUCAGCAAAACAAACACGAUUCCUGCCAGUUUUCUACAACACAUAAAUAUUGCACCAAGGUAUUGUGUUCUCUUCAGGAAAAAAAAAAUAAUACAACAGUUUUUGUAACUUUAUGAUAAAAUACAAAUUGGCUA